CAGUGCAGUCCCUGGAGGAAGAAUGCCUGCUGCUCCACCAACACCAGCCUGGAAGCCCACAAGGACAUUUCCUACCUAUACAGAUUCAACUGGGACCACUGUGGAGAGAUGGCACCUGCCUGCAAACGGCACUUUAUCCAGGACACCUGUCUCUACGAGUGCUCCCCCAACUUGGGACCCUGGAUCCAGCAGGUGAAUCAAAGCUGGCGCAAAGAGCGGAUCCUGAACGUGCCCCUGUGCAAGGAGGACUGUCAGCAGUGGUGGGAGGACUGUCGCACCUCCUACACCUGCAAGAGCAACUGGCACAAGGGCUGGAACUGGACCUCAGGAAAUAACGAGUGCCCAGUGGGAUCUGCCUGCUACUCUUUCCAUUUCUACUUUCCCACACCUGAGGCCCUGUGCAAUGAAAUCUGGAGCCACUCCUACAAAGUCAGCAACUACAGCCGAGGGAGUGGCCGCUGCAUCGAGAUGUGGUUUGACCCUGCCCAAGGCAACCCCAAUGAGGAGGUGGCAAGGUUCUAUGCUGUAGCCAUGAGUGGGACUGGGCUUCCUGAGACCUGGCCUCUUCUGUUCAGCCUGGCCCCAACGCUGCUCUGGCAGCUCAACUGACUUCCUUUCACCUUCUGAAACUUGGACAUCCCUGCCCUCUUUGGCCCCACAGCUCUUUGCUGUUUGGUUCCUGCUCUGUAGUCGGGCCUCUGACAGCUAGUAAUAAACCAGGCUCUCCACUUGAUACUUA